CGAUAAAAUCCGAAAAAUGUUGUUCGAUUUUUAAGAUUUCGUUGUUUUUGUAAGUAAUUUUGUCCUUUGGUGGUUAGGUUUGCAUAGCAGAUACAGAAAAUCUUUAAUUUUUGGUUGAAUUGAUCAUAUCUGUGCUGCAUCGGCUACAGAAAUGUUGCGAUCCUUAGCCCGAUUGUGGCCACAUGCCCGUCUGGUAUCGGGCACGUCUUUCCUAGAAUCCCGCGCAGCCGUGCCUCUCCUUCACACCGUGUCUUUCUCUUCCCACAAAGACGCUCGCACUCCAGAUUCCUCCCCGAACCCCCAUGACUGCGCGACCGACCAUCUCGGGCAGAGUUCCUCGAAGAAAACCCACUCGCUGGCCCGUAGUAACUUCCACAAAGACACGGAGCAGGCGCUGAACAAGCAGAUCAACCAUGAACUGUCGGCGCACUACACGUAUCUGGCCAUGGCCGUGUACUUUGACCGCGAUGAUGUGGCACUGCCCGGCUUCUCCAGUUAUUUCUUCGAUAAGAGCCUGGAGGAGCGCGGGCAUGCCAUGAUCUGUGCGCGCUACCUGAAUAAGCGCGGCGGUCGAGUGAAGUUGGAGGAUAUUAAAAGCCCGAAGAAGUGCGAGUGGAAGACGGGAUUGGAGGCGAUGGAAGAGGCCCUGGAGAUGGAGAAAAGCGUCAAUGAAACGCUGAUUGAACUGCACCGGAUCGGCAGCGAACACGGCGAUCCGCAGCUGACCACUUUUGUGGAGGAUAAUUUCUUCCAAGAGCAGACGGAAGACAUAAAAACCCUGGCGAAUUACGUCGGCAUACUGCGUAAAGUCGGGCAGGGACUGGGUGAAUUUGAGUUUGACUACGAGAUUCUACGGAAGCAAGGCGAACUGAAGAAAUUUACGGCGGCCGCGGAAAAGAAAGGCCCUAACAAUCCCGUGCCCGGCCCGUGAAAAGCUUUAACAACGGCGCAUCGCAUUUCAUUUCUUGGUGAUUUCCGGUAGUGGUUUAAUUAACAUUUCACUACAAAUCUUGAAAAGUUAAUGCUUUUUUGUACGCUUUGAUCGCUGGGAUAAAGUGACCUUCACAACCUGUAUAAUUUCAGAUUUAAAUGCCGAAUUUGCGAAUGGGUUUUUCCUUACUAUUCAAGUGAUAACGUUUUUUUCGGAAGUGUAGGAUAUGAACAUGAGCUCCAAACUAUUGCAACUGUUAAUGAUAAAAAUCAUUGUGGA